ACUUCUCUAAAAAAUUUAAUAAUACCAUCAUGUGGGCAUUCAAUAACAGAGGUAGUAUCUCAACCCAAUCAUCACCUUCCUCAGUAUUGUCUCUUCCUUCUUCUCUCUUCCUUCUUCUUUUUCUUGCAUCAAGUUGGAUUUUGAUGAAGAACUGGUGGGUUUGAGUCAUCUAUGGAGGGUAAGAAAGAGAUAAAGAUGGAGUAGUUGAUGGGAUCUUCAUCAUUUCUUGAUUAUAUCUCGAGUUCUUACCAAGGGGUGUUUGAUUUGAGGGAAGGGGAGAAGAGUGGUGGUUCAUUAGGGUUUAUUGACCUUUUGGGUCUUUAAGAUUUUAGUGCUUCUCUGUUAGAUCUGAAUCCGGCCGGUAGAAAGAUGGAAUCUCCGAAGGUUUUGAAUCAGCCUGCAACGCCAAUAUUGAUCUUCUUUCUUACUUCUUUAAUGUUCUCUGCAACAGAUUCCAAACCAUAUGACUAUCUGCAAUACGUGGUACAAUGGCAACCCGCUGUUUGUAGAAUCCCAUACUGGCCAUACACGCGGUGCAACAAACCAAUCAAACAAGUUUUUACAAUUCAUGGGCUCUGGCCAAGCAAUUUCAGCGGAGCAGAUGUGAACUGUAGAAAUGGGACCGGAUAUGACCGAAACGAGGUGAUUUCAAUUGAGCAAAAAUUGAAGAAAUGUUGGCCUGACAUGCUUCACGACGAUGAUCAUAUCUUUUGGAGCCACGAAUGGAAGAGUCACGGAAGAUGCUUCCCGAAUGUAUUUCGUGGCCAAUCUCAAUAUUUCAAUAAAGCGGUUGGACUCUGCUACGGGUACAACACAUGGAUUAAAAGCACUCUCGCGGAUUAUGGAAUCUAUCCUAGCAAUAGCCGGCCGGUGAGCCGUGACCGUAUUGCCGCCAGCAUCCACGGGGCAAUUGGAAAACGUCCGGUAUUACGUUGUGCAGGUCCAUAUUUUCCAGAUUUUAAAUCUGAUCCAGGUCUUGGAUAUCCUCCAUCUCCAUCUUCUGGUUAUCAAACAUAUGUUUCACGUAAGAGUCAUCAAAAACGAAAACUAGAGGUAACUUUCGAAAACAGAAUACUACUAGAAGUAAUUUUGUGCUUCGAUGUAAAAGGGGGAGAUCUCAUAGACUGUCCGCGGCAGACUAAUUGUCGUAGUGAAAUUUACUUUUUAGCGUAAAUUUAAUUUUAGUGAAGGUUAAAUGUUAAUAUUGAUCCUUCAACUUGCUGAGUUUGCACAAUUUUAGUUCUUCAAUUAUUUUUUUUAUUUUUUUGGUCCCACAACCAUCAAAACUGCAUAAUUUUAGUAUUUUCGUUAAUUAACAACCCUUCCUUUUUCUUUUUUUUUGUUUUGGUGUCUACUUCUCUUCCUCUCCCCUUCCAUCUUUUUUCUAAAUUUUUUGGGGUUCAUGUUCGUGAACCCAAUCUGGGUUCAUGUUCAUGAGCCUUCCCUUCUCCUCUUCCUCAAACCAACCCCUUUUCUUCAUCUUCUCGAGUUUUUUCAUUUUUUUUGUGUUAAAUUUGGGUUUGCAAAACCCAGAUCUAUGGGUUCAUAAAAAUAAAAUCAGUUGGUAUAA